AUGCUGCUGGGUGACGCCGAGUACUGGUGGAGGAGCGCCAGGCAGAUAUUGGAAGCAAGCAACACGGUGGUCACUUGGGAUACCUUCAAGAGGGCAUUCCUUGACAAGUACUUCCCUGAGACUGCAAGGGAAGAGAACGAAACCCAAUUCCUGAAGCUCCACCAAGGAGGCAUGUCUGUUGGAGAAUAUGCCGCCAAGAUGGAGGCACUGUCAAAACAUUUCCGAUUCUUUCAGCUGCAGGUGGACGAGCCCUAUCUGUGCAACCGUUUUAUGAUGGGGCUACGCUACGACCUUGAGGAAGCUGUUAGACCUCUGGGCAUUCGGCAAUUCCAAGUGCUAUUCGAGAAGGCCCGAGAAGUUGAGGCUAUGAAGAACCGCCGAGGGAGUAGGCAAGGAAGGGGUGGACCAAUCAGGCCAAGGCAUCAAGAUUAUGAGGGGCAUGGUAAAGGGAAACAACCUCAGAAGAACCCUUAUGACUACCAGCGAGGCAACAAUCGAGUUAUGGGUCAGAACACACCCAAUGAGACAACCCAUGAAGGUCAAGGUAACCAAGCCCAAGGGAAGGACGUGACUUGCUUCAAGUGCGGAAAAGUGGGUCACUAUGCUCAUGUCUGCAAGGAAGACCCUAGAGUGUGCUUUAACUGCGAUAAGCCAGGACACGUGGCAAGGGAUUGCAAGGCACCAAAGGUUGAAGCGGGAGCAACCUUGAAUGCCGCAGGAGGAAGGCGUCCGGUAACAGCAGGACGAGUGUACACCCUGAACGCUGACGAAGUUGAGAACACCAGGGAGCUAGCUCGGGAAUUGGCUAGUUCUGUUAGUGACCUUGUCACCGCUUUGUUUUGA